AACUUUUCUAGGAUCCAAACCCUAAAAGAAGAAAGUCGUGGCCUAAACAAAAAAGGACUUCCCGCUCGUCGUCUUCCAUUUAUUCUCUAUUUAUUCCUUGACUCUCCUAAUUUUCUCUUUGCUUUCAGCUCUCCACUUCUUCCCACUCUCUUCUCCCCGCCUCGCGCCCGGCCAUGUUCUCCAAGCUCUUCCACGGCUGCAGAGAAGACUCGUCAAAGUCCUCUUCCGACAAGCUGAAGCAGACUCUAGAAAUGCUUGAGAAAAAGGAGAUUAUUUUGCAGAAGAAGAUCUCUGUAGAGGUUGAGAGAGCAAAAGAAUUUACAAGGGCAAGGAACAAACAAGCGGCAAUGCAGUGUUUGAAGAGAAAGAAAUUUUAUGAAGGUAAAAUGGAGCAACUUUGCAGUUCUCAGUCGCACAUUCGUGAUCAGGAGCAAAAGUUACCACAGAAACCAUCAGUUCACUGUAGACAGGUUCAGCAGAUGACAACUAAUCUGAAAGAAAACUUGGAAGCCUGAGGUGGAAGCUAGGUACGCUUGUGCCAUUAAAUGGAGUAUUAACUGAAAAUGAGGCAGCUACUGAUGGAAAGAUCGAGAGAGCUGGCUGUUUUAGAACUCUUUUCGUGGGAUAUCCAGGAAAUGUCUCAUUCAAUGUAUAGAUGACGAAUGUCUGACCCGCUCCCAUUUUGGUGUAUAUAAUCCCGUACAACGAAACUUGCAGUUUAAAUUUCUUGUUGUCAUGCCUUUCAGGUUCUUUUUUUCGGUAACAUUCAGGUCCUUUAUAAAUGAACCUAUAAACUGGGGUUGAGUUA